AUGACCAGCUUCCACACCCCCAGCAAUCAGCAAACUUGGACCAGCGAGCAAAACAACCAAGAUCAUAAUCAGCAUCAGGAAACGCCACCAGAACAGCAGUGGCCCAACGAUCAUAGGCUCAGCAUUGAUGAAAGCGACGCGACAGAGAAAAGCUUCGGCGUGCGUCGCACAGAAAACGUGGAUGGCGUGUCCCGGCCUCAGGUGUUGACCCGGGAGCAGACGACUACGUCGCUGGCAGCAGCACCAUAUACUAGUCCUGACGACUUUGGGUUACCGAGUCCACAUCACAUCGAUGCAUCACAGGGAGAAAAGGAGCUAAGGCGAUCUUCGACCGCGUCGACCCUUCAGCCAGAGAGCGGUGCGGGUGCCACAGCCUCGCGUGUCUCUACCGAUGCGCACGGCAACACCUAUCCCGAGGGUGGCUUCGCUGCUUGGUUCUGCGUGUUUGGAUCCUUCUGUGGGCUCAUGUCUGCCCUGGGUAUGAUGAACACCAUAGGAACGUUCCAAGCGUAUCUAUCCGAAAACCAGCUCUCAGACCAAAGCGAGAGCGCCGUGGGCUGGAUUUUUGGCAUCUACGCGUGGCUUGCUUUUUUCUGCGGCAUUCAGAUUGGGCCAUGGUUCGAUGCAAAAGGUCCACGCAUUCCGGUGGCUCUUGGUAGUGCGAUGAUCCUUGCGACUUACUUGCUACUAGGAGUGUGUACGGCUUACUGGCACUUUCUGAUCGUUUUCGGAAUUGUCGGUGGGAUAGGCACGAGUCUGGUCUUCACCCCGGCGGUAGCAGCCGUCGGGCAUUGGUUCCUUCGGAAGAGGGGUCAGUGCACCGGUCUUGCAGCUGCUGGUGGCAGUCUUGGUGGUAUUGUUUACCCGCUCACACUGAAGGCACUCUUUCCCAAGGUUGGGUUCGCUUGGAGCUGUCGGGUGGUGGCUUUGAUAAACUUGGUCCUCCUGAUCAUUGCCAACUUCGGUGUUCGGUCUCGACUCCCACCGAAGAAGGCAUCAAAAGAAUCGCUACUCCCAGAUCUCACGAUAUUCCGCCAAAGGACGUUCGCUUUGACCACGGCCGCAGUCUUCUGCAUGGAGUGGGGCCUGUUCGUCCCGAUUUCCUACCUCGUCUCCUACUCCCUCGCGCAGGGAAUUGGCUCGGACUUUUCUUACAACUUGAUCGUUAUCUUCAACGCUGCGUCGACCCUAGGACGGUACCUACCAGGCCUAUUCGCGGACAAAUUCGGGCGUUUCAACUGCAUGCUUGCCAUGAUUGGCAUGGGUUUUGUUUCUACCUUCUCUCUUUGGAUGCCUGCUCGUGACAGCAAGGCACUGCUGAUCCUGUUCGCCCUUGCAUUCGGUUUCGCGUCAGGAAGCGGCAUUUCGCUUACGCCAGUUUGCGUAGGUCAGUUGUGUCGAGUCGAGCAUUACGGCAGGUACUACGCCACAUGCUUCACGGUUGUGAGCUUUGCGAGCCUCACAGGAAUUCCAAUUGCAGGACAGCUGGUCACAACCUUGAAUGGUCGAUACGAGGGUUUGGUUGCAUUCACGGGUGCCGCAUAUGCUGCAAGUUUCGUCUUUUAUGCAGCCGCAAAAGUCAGCGGCGUUGGAUGGUCAUGGAAAGCAAUUUAUUGA